UUUGGGAGGAUUCGUUUGUUUCUGAAAAAACACUGUUUAUUAACUCGACUCAAGGGAUUGGAAAGAAAGCACCAGUAGCCUACAUUUGGUCGCUGCCAAAUAGGAUCUACCUGCGGGUCCAUAAUUAGGGAGGAUAAAAAUAAUAACAAAUGAAAAUAAAAACGUCAAAACGUCUAAAAAUAGAAACUGUAAGUUAAUUCUGUCAAAAGCCUUUCAGGUCAAAUUACGAUAAAACUUCCAACAACCAUAUGUUAUGUUGUGAUGUGUGUGCUAUGAUAUCAUAAAGCACAGUUAUAAGUUACUACAGCCAGUACAAAAUCUUAGAAAAAGGGUUUGUCGACGGGGCUGCAUGGGUGAUGAUGCGACACAUUCAGACAGUGUGCGCUGUUAAAGAGACAAUCGCAUCAGGUGAUGACUGCCCACUUAAGCAUCAGUGUUAUCACUUCAGAUCCAGGGGUUUCCUUCCCAGGGUACCAAGGGCUUUCCAUCCUCCUCCACGCAGGGUAGAAGACGGGUUCCCACGCAUUGUGGAGCUCCGCUGUGCCUCUCCAAACAGACUACUCCUCCAGUCGAGAAAAAAAAAAAAAAAAAAAAAAAAAGCACGGCUUUUGGUGACAGGCACCAUGCGCAAUGACUGACUCUGUGGCCGCCUCCAAGCGCAGCACAGAAAUUUAGUCCGCAUCAUUCCCUGACAGCUCCCUGAGAGAGAGGAGAGGAGAGCGGAGAGCGCGGCUGGAUUCUCAGGCUGUGAUAGCGCAGCAUGACAGACACUGUGAUGAGCAGCAGCUCGGAUCGCUGGGUGUCCAACGACAGGCAGAGGAUGCAUGCUAGUGAUAAAGAGCAGGGCAACUGGACCGUGCAGCCAGGCCCUGGUUCUGGUCAAGACCUGACAGAUGAGGAGAAAGAGAUUAUAAACAGCGUGAUCGCCCGUGCUGAGAAAAUGGAGGCCAUGGAGCAGGAGAGAAUCGGGCGCUUGAUAAACAGGCUGGACGACAUGAAGAAGACUGUGUGCGGUGAUGGAAUGUCCCGCUGUUUGCUGUGUGGGGAGCAGCUGGGCUCACCUGGGGUCAGCUCAGUGGUGUGCGAGGACUGCAAAAAGAACAUGUGUACCAAGUGUGGUACACAGUGUGGCAGUCGGCCUCGCGCGGUGUGGCUAUGCAAGAUCUGCAGAGAACAGCGAGAGGUGUGGAAGAGGUCUGGUGCCUGGUUCUUCAAAGGUUUCCCAAAGCAGUACCUGCCUUCGCCCAUGCCAUUAUCUAAAGGAAAAGAGACAGCUGGCCAGGAUGCAGCAGAGCCCAAGGGCCGGCCAGCCUCUCAGCCCAGGGAGGCAGCAAACCAACCACAAGCAGCAGCGCCAGAGCCACAGGGCCGUGCUGGUUACCCACCUGUGGCCCCUAAACCAUCAGCUGUGCGUAUGGCCACAGGUGGGGCUGGCCCUGAAGAGGCAGGGCAGGGCAGCCCAGUGGUGAUGAAGAAGAUGGUGCCCGUCCAGAGCACCAGGCCUCAGCCCGCCCCAUCGGCCUCGCUGGCCCAGCAGGGUCCAGUGGCAGGAGAUGGAGGUGCCUACGCCACGAGUGCAGUUCCUCCAGAGCAGAGAGCGCCUCCUGCAGUAAGAGAGGAGCGGAGGCAGCCCGCUGCCUACAGUGCUCCUCCCGCCCGGCAGCAGCCUCCCCCAGCUGAGGAGGAGGAGGAAGCCAAUGACUAUGACUCUGAUGAAGCCACCACUCUGGGCUCUCUAGAGUUCAGUCUGCUCUAUGAACAGGAAAGCAACAGCCUCAUCUGUAGCAUCCUCAAAGCAAAGGGACUGAAGCCCAUGGACUCGAACGGACUGGCAGAUCCUUAUGUCAAGCUUCACCUGCUGCCAGGGGCUAGUAAGUCUAACAAGCUGCGAACAAAGACCCUGAGAAACACCCGCAACCCUGCGUGGAAUGAAACGCUCACCUACCACGGCCUGACGGAUGAGGACAUGCAGCGUAAGACCCUCAGGCUGUCUGUCUGCGAUGAAGACAAGUUCGGGCAUAAUGAGUUUAUUGGGGAAACCCGAGUGGCUCUGAAGAAACUGAAGAUGAACCAGAAGAAAAACUUCAACGUGUGCCUUGAGAGAGUCAUCCCCACAAAGAGAACUGCAACAGCCGGGGGAGCCAGAGGCAUCUCUCUCUAUGAAGAUGAGCCGGGGAAGGAGGGCGGAGAGAUAGAGGAGCGCGGCCGGAUUCUGAUGUCCCUCAUGUACAGCACCCAGACCAACCGGCUCAUUGUGGGUGUUGUGCGCUGCGUCCACCUGGCCGCCAUGGAUGCUAAUGGCUACUCUGAUCCAUAUGUCAAAAUAUGUCUGAAACCUGACAUGGGGAAGAAGGGCAAGUGCAAAACACAAAUCAAGAAGAGGACCUUAAACCCAGAGUUUAAUGAGGAAUUCAGCUACGACAUCAAACACAGUGAACUGGCCAAGAAGUCUUUAGAUAUUUCCGUGUGGGAUUAUGACAUCGGGAAGUCCAACGACUACAUCGGUGGCUGUCAGCUUGGGAUCACUGCCAAAGGUGAACGACUGAAGCACUGGUACGAGUGUUUGAAGAACAAGGACAAGAAGAUUGAGCGCUGGCACACCUUGUAUAACGAGAAUCACGUUGCUAGCGAUUAACCAUUUGCCGCCUCUCACAUACAGCAUGAGCUAAACUCUCUUCAACUUGGUUUGCAUUCAUCUCCUAAUGCACUUUUGCGCAUUUUUUUUUAUUGUUUUAUCUAUUCCUUACCUGCUUGGCCAUCACGUAGGGUGACUCACCUCCUUUUCCAUGAUGAAGUAUACUAACAAUCCCUCUGCCUGUGCUGAUAAUUAAUCUGCCUCUGGGACAAAUCAUGUCAAAAAUGAAUUGGAGAUUUGACUAAUGCAAUCAAAACAUCUGUCGGCGAACAGCUGCGCAAGGACUGCCAUGCCUGUCAGUGAUUUUAUGUAGUUUGCUGAGCUUGGCGCUUUCUUUGCUAAAGAAAAUGAAGUUUGAUUGCACAGGCACAGAAGAAGAAAGCAAUAUGUUAUGGCAUCUGAGGUCGAAACCAUUUUUUCCAAAGUCAUAAAUCGUUGCUUGAGCUCAUGCCUGAUAUUCAUUCAACCGUCAGGAUGUUCUUUAGUUAUAAUUUCUUGUGGGUUUACAUCAUGCUGUAGUGAAACACUUGAACUGUAUGAGCAUGCCAAGCCAAACACAUCUGAAAACACGCCACUGCACCUUCAAAUGUUCAACUGUGCCCAUACUGUAUAUUUUCCAUGAAGAAAUGUUUACAUACUGAUACAUUGCUCAGGUUAGGAUAGGCAUCUGAUAAACAGAUGAUUCAUAAGUCAGUGGACCAUGAGCUAGAUGAAUCUUUCACGAGUUGCUGUUAAUUUGUGAUUUGAAAUUAUAGCACACGUAGUUAAGCAUUAGCGUUUUUAAGUAUGGUUAGUCGAGCUGUGAAUUCUGACUCGCUGAAAGUACUGACUGCGAUUAGAGCAAAGUGAAUGCAUUCUUUUCUUUCUUAAUUAUGGUGAGAUUUUGCAGGGAAAAAAAAAGGAUUUUCCUCCUGCUGCUGUACCUCUGCUCUUCUGAAGCUCGCGGUUCACUCUGACACCUCAGAGGUUUUCUACUGUAGUGUUUACAUUGAAUGCACACAGCCAGGUUUCCCUUAAAAACAAAAAAAUGUGGCUGCUCCACUCAAAAAAGGAGAGAAGUUUGAACAGGUUAUGUCAUAAGUAUGUGCAGCUUUACCUGCAUGCACUGUGCUCGUGACUCUGGCGUGCCCGGGGCAGACAUGGUCUGCUUUUACCCCAAUGCACCCUUUGCACAAAGCAGGGCUCUUUUCCCCUCUGCCACAACCCGAUCAUUCAAGGCUUUAGUGUGUGUUUGUUCACUAAUCACAGCAAACUAAGGAAAGCACACCUUACAAAGUGGAAUGACCUCAAUUUAUACAGCUGUUUGCAACUUAUUCCAAUGUCAAAACAAAGGCGAAAACAAAAAAAAUCCUAUGCAUGAAAUGUCUUGUGGGUCAAGAUAUAUAUACUUUGUAAGAAAUUAAUGCUAUUGUAAUUCCAUUAAUGUUUACACGACUUCCCCAUAACAUUCCUGUUAAUACUUUAUAUACAAGAGGCCAUAUUCUGCAUGACUAUGGUGACUAUGAUGUAAUCUGAAUAAAAUGGUCCGACAGCACUCACAGGAUAGGCUUGUACACAGCUGAGCACAUCAACAAAAACUAUUCACUCUAUCAGUAGCAGACAUCGAGGUGAAGCUCUUUGAAUGAGACUUUCUGUACAUACACUCUCUACAAAUCUCUCUAGUGUCUUGUUUUUCUCUGCACAGCCACUCUACCGCCUCGUGGCAGCGAUUCGAACACCCACCGGUAGCAUCGCACACUGUUCUAUGUCUUGCUACUUCAGCUACAGCGGUCACCAGAUGAUGAUCAGCAAACUAUAAUCAAUAGUUUAUAGUGAUAUUAUAGUUUUUAAACAGGCUUCUCUCUGAGCUAAACCCAUAGCUGUCUUCUACUUGAUUCUGCCAGUUCAGUGGAAUGUUUCUUGGUUUAUCUCUGUAUUUGUACAUAGGUAGUGCAUGCACUGGAAACAUGUAUGUUUGCAAAGAACUUCGCAUGUAAAGAUUUUGCAGAGAGUUUACACAGAUCAAUAAAAUAUAAUGAAACUGA